UAACGAAAACACAACGACAUUAACGAAAACACAACAACAUUAACGAAAACACAACGGAAAAGGUAUGUCCCAGUGGGAGACCUAAGAAAUCGCUGAUUGGACUACAACUCGUUUUACUUUUGAACCGGAAGUUAUUCUGGUGUGCUUCGUUUUAAUGAGAAGCGGGCAUACGGUCACAAUGUUUUGCCCAAACUGCGGGAAAGAGCUGGUUGAGCCGUCACCAAACUUCUGCAGCAAUUGUGGCAAGAGGCUUCAACGUCAGGAAAUAUUUAUGGAAGAUACUCCACAAUGUUCAAGUAAGUUAAUGAGCAUAAAGAAAUAUUUAUGUUUCUUAUGGAUGUAGCAACUUGCUAACGUUAGUGGUCUCCAGACCGUGUCCACUGUUAUUUAGUUGUUCAUUGUAAAUGCAGUUAAAAGUACACAAACUCGAUAUAAUACAGCAGCAUGGUAUUAGCCAUAUAUAGAAAAAGCCCAUCUAGGAACAAGUGCUGCGAAUUAGCUGUUGCUAUUGCACUAUGACGUAAACAUGAGACUGCUGUUUUGUUCAGUUUGUCUAUGUCGCUGUAUGUCUGUCCCUACCAAAUAAACCAAUUAAAUUAAAUUAAAAAUAGUAAGGUCCGUUACAGCCUUAGGCACUGCUUAAGGCUGUGGUCCGUUAAGGUCCGUUACAGCCUUAAGUAAUUUGUGUCGUUCGUAAUACAUAUCGUCUGUUUGCAUGAAUGUGAUGUGCAACAUUUUUUCUUUACUUUACUUCUAGCACAACAGCCUGUUCCAUCCUGCCCUGCACCAGCCCUCAGCACCUUCCUUGAAUACAGAAAAAAGAAAAAUGAGGAGCGACAAAAGUAUUCUCUUGGGAAAAAGGGGUUAAAGCAAAAGGAAAAAAUGAAAGUUCGGGUAGGUCCGGUUUUGUUCCGACCAAAAACAAGCAGCUUUUAAGUACCAUAAUAGACUUGCUUAAAGAAAGUUCCAGGUAGCAAAACUAUACAGAAUAAUUGUUUAACAGCAACAGCAAACUGUCAAUUAAUAACAAGUCAAAACAGUAAAUCAUCUACUGAUUAAUUAUUGCAUAAUAAUUUUCCAAUCAUUGUUCUGUUUGCAUCAGUUCAAAAGUAAAAGCUUGAAAAUGACUGAUAAUAGUUAAUGGAUCUAUUUGGAUGUUAUUGUAACAUAAUACAGGAGGAAUUAAAAACAAAAAGAAAACAACAGAGUAUUCUCUAAAACAAAACAUUGCUCAGCCUUCCGCAUAAUUUUGGGUUAGUGAACCUAACUAACCUUAGUUAGUGAAGUGGUAGUACUUCUAAAAUAAAAAUUUGCAGAAACAUGUGCUUAUGUGUCUGUCAUAAGCAGAUCUAAGAUUUAAUUACCCACCGUAAUAAUUUGCUCUGUACAACAGCUGCCAGGGAAGAUGAGUAUUUUUUAGCAGGAAAGAUGAUUGCUGUAUCGAUUGUACAUGGGGGACCGGCACCACAUUUUCUCUCAAAGAACCUGGUCAACUACAUGAUAGGGAAUCCAAGUUUCGGCGCCACUGUUGAAGAUGUUCAAGAUGAGGAGAUAGGGAAAGUUCUAAAGCAGGUCCUGGAAGCUGAAUCAGAUGAAUCUCUGCUAAAUAUAAUUUUUCAAAACAGCGGGAUGUUCCAAACUGCUGGUUGCUUCAGAAGUGUGAAGACUUCUGAGAAGAAAGCUUUUGUAGAGGAGUAUCUCAGAUGGUACAUCCUUGACAGAAACCACAGUGCCAUUCAACGAUUCAAAGAUGGACUGGCAAGUCUGGGGUUUUUCCAGUGUCCUGUCCCCAGUCCUAUGUUUCUCUGCCAAGGCCCUGACUGCUUCAGACUUGGAGACCAUGUUCAAACCAGAUCUCAGCCCAGUAGGAACCAAUAGGCGGCAAAAGGAGGGCAAAACAAUCGUCUUCUGGGCAGAUUAUUUGCUUGAUUGCGAAGGUUAGUAAGGACAGAUUGUGUUUUAUUCUAAAAUUGUUUUUUUUCCUUUGUUUUAUUAGGAGGAAAGCAUACAUAAAAAUUAAUCAUUUGUGCAAUGCAUUAUCUAUUAACUACAUUGUUUUUAAUUUUUCAGAGAAAAACACUGCUGUAUGUCUAGAGGAAGUCCUGAUGUUUGCUACAGGUCUGACAGCGAUUCCACCAGCAGGCAUGAUGCCAUCCCCACAUCUUGAGUUUUUGAGUGAUUCACCCUUUCCUGUUGCAAACACCUGUGCAAAUAUACUGAAACUGCCACUUUUGGAAUCUUACGCUGCUUUUAGGGCUAACAUGGACUUUGGAAUACAAAAUGCUCCGGGAUUCGGAUGCUACUGAAACUGAAAGAAGAGAUUUCUUGGCAGUCUUGUUCUAAUGCUGUUGGCAUUCUGCUAAUUUUGUGAAUGCGAAUACAGGGUCCAUGUUGUUCUCCAUUUCUGGGUGGCAAAGCCUUGCCAUAAUUUCUGAAAAGAUUAGAUAAUAUGAUGUCCUUUUCAAAGUGAUAGCUUUGAAAGGGACAUCAGCUCAUGAAGUCAACAAUCCGUUAGGGCAAAUUCUGUAUUUUUUUUUAGAGUGGUGUAUGUCUGGUUUAGGUUCACGGUCCGGGCAUUUCUAAUAUGUCCAUAAUAUAG